AUGGAGAUUGAACUCGAUUCUGGUGGAGUGAUGAACAGCCAAGUGGACUCAGUAGGGAAGAGUGGUGGUUUAAUGCUUUUGUGGAAAGAAGAAAUAGAUAUUACAGUACAUUCUUAUUCACUAAGGCAUAUUCAUGUUACGAUUAAAGAAGGGAGUGGUUCUCUCCCUUGGAAUAUAACCUUCUUUUAUGGCCAUCCUGAUGUCUCUAAAAGGAAGUGCUCGUGGGACCUCUUGCGUUUUCUUUCAAAUACUAUCCACAAUCAGUGGCUCUGUGUGGGGGAUUUUAAUGCCAUAUCAAAUGGGGGGGAGAAGGUUGGUGGUAGUGAUAGAGGGGGUACUAUGAUGAAUGACUUUAAUGAUGCUUUAUCAGAUUCCAAGCUUGUCGACCUGGGCUUCAAAGGAAAUAAGUACACCUGGAGUAAUAGGAGAAAAAGUCCGGAAUCAUUUAUUAAAGAGAGGUUAGAUCGGUCAUUGGCUUCAUUGGGUUGGUUACAAAGAUGGGGUACCUAUCAUGUGGAGUAUUUAACAACUAUAUCUUCGGAUCACAGUUGUAUGUAUGUUUGCUGGGAUGAUAGAUCAUUAAGAAGAAGUGCUCUUACAAGAAGAUUCAGAUAUGAACCAAAUUUGGGUGCUAAAGAUGCUUGCCACCAACUUGUGAGACAGCAGUGGGUCCGGAGAAUUGAUAGGGGAGGUGCUCAGUCUGCCUUAUCGCAUUUGCAGUUGAAUUUAAAGUUUUUUGGUCCAAAAAUUCAAAAGUGGGUAGUGAAAGAGAGACAGAGACAUGCGUAUACAGAGAAAGAUUUGAAGUCCAAACUUGAUUCACUAAUUGCAAAGGAGAGUCAUGAAAAUCAAGAAGCUAUUUCGGCUAUGAGACAUCAGCUGCAAGAGCUAUGUGAACUAGAAGAAAAGGUGCUGUUAAAUCAAAGUAAACAACAUUGGUUAAAAGCUGGUGAUCAAAAUACUAGUUUUUUCCAUAAUAGUAUGAAGAGGAGGCAGAAUUUAAAGGGCAUUGACAAAAUCCUGGAUGAAGGUGGAUGUUUGAGAACUACUGAACCGGAAAUAGCUGAGGCUUUUCAUGCCUACUUUACUAGUCUUUUCUCAGCUGGAAGUAUUGUGGAGAAUUAUUCAUUUUUAGAUUCAAUAACAAGGCUAGUUGAUGCUGAUGUUAAUGAGUAUUUGUGUAGGAUGGUUACAAGAGACGAAAUUUGGAAUGCAGUUCGAAGUAUUAGUAGUCAAAAAGCUCCAGGCCCCGAUGGAUUUUCAGCGGGUUUUUAUCAUAGUCAUUGGGAUACUGUGGGAGAUAGUGUUGUGGAUGCUGUGAUGGAUUUCUUUGAUACGAGUAUUAUGGAUUCUGAGAUAAAUAGUACUCUUAUUGCUUUGAUCCCAAAAACGAAAGAAGCUCUAAGCGUUACUGAGUAUCGCCCUAUUAGUUUAUGUAAUGUCUCGUACAAGAUCAUUUCCAAAAUCUUGUCUAAUAGAUUGAGUCUCAUUCUCCCCAAUAUUAUUCGAGGUAACCAAUCUGCUUUCAUUAGAGAUAGGUUGAUUACGGAUAAUGUGAUAGUGGUGUAUGAAGCACUACACUCUAUGAGCCUGAUGGCCAAGAGCAGAACCAGCUACAUGGCUAUUAAGCUUGACAUGAGCAAAGCUUACGACAGGGUUGAAUGGAAUUUUGUAAAAGAAAUUAUGUCUCGGUUGGGUUUCUCAGACAAAUGGCAGGGGUGGAUUAUGCAGUGUAUUAGAUCUGUGACUUAUAGAGUGCUUAUUAAUGGAGCUACUACAAAUUUGAUUAUCCCAACAAGAGGUAUAAGGCAGGGUGAUUCUCUUUCUCCUUUGCUAUUUGUAUUAUGUACGGAGGGUCUUAGUAGUAAUUUAAAAGAAGCACAUGAUACUAAUAUGUUUUGUGGAAUUCCUUUUGGUAGAGGUCGGUUGCGGAUUUCACACCUAUUUUUUGCUGAUGACAGUCUCCUCUUUUGUCGGGUUAAAAAAGAGGAUUGGAUGUGUGUCUACGAUAUUCUGACGGAGUAUGGUAGAGUCUCGGGCCAAAUGAUUAAUUAUAGCAAGACUAGUAUCUACUUUAGCAGAUAUACUUCAUCUCAGCAAAAAAGCCAGAUGAUUUCUUUGAUUGGAGCUGUGGAAGCAAAGAUUUCUGAUCACUAUUUGGGAUUACCGGCUAUUGUUGGUAGAUCACGGAAGAAGGCUUUUAUGUUUAUUUUAGACAGAAUAAGGAAGAAGGUAAUGGGCUGGUCUCAUCGCAAUUUAUCUCAAGCAGGCAAGGAGGUUUUUAUUAAAUCAAUCCUUCAGGCGAUUCCUACUUAUGCGAUGCAAUUGUUUAAAUUUCCAGGAGGCCUUUGUACUGAAGUGGAUCAAAUUCUACGUAAGGUGUGGUGGGGAGUGAAUGAUAAGAAUAAUUAUAUGGCUUGGUUACCUUGGGCUAAACUAUGUGAAUCAAAGAAGAAUGGAGGAAUGGGUUUCCGAAAUACCGAGGCUUUUAAUGAUGCAUUGUUAGCAAAGCAGUGUUGGAGAAUCAUUGUUCAUCCAACUUCUCUAUCCAGCCGUGUUUUGAAGGCAAAGUACUUCCCAAGUUCCGGAUUUUUAGAGGUUUCGAAAAAGAGAAAUGCCUCUUUUCUAUGGUCCAGCUUCCUGAGUGCACGAUAUUUGUUGUUGGAUGGAUUGAAGUGGCGGAUAGGCAAUGGGAGGACGGUGAAGAUAUGGGGUAAUCCAUGGUUGCCGAAAGCAAUCUUUUAUGAUGAGCAAUUAGUGGAUAAAGGGGUUCAAAAGUCUAUCUUAGUUGAAUUUUUAAUAGACUGGACCACUGGGUGGUGGGAUGCUAGUUUAAUUAAAGAAAUAUUUGAUGUUGACACAGCUAGAAUGAUAAUGUCCCAGCCACUUGGUUCUCCACAUGUGCAAGACUCGAUAUUUUGGAAUGGAACUGAGCAUGGGAAUUAUACUGUGAGAAGUGGAUAUUUUCAUGCACUUGAUAUAAGAAGAAGGGAGUCUGCUUGCUGUUCAGAGCCAUUGGCUAAUCCUCUAGAUUCGGUAUGGACUCAUAUAUGGUCGCUUGUGGUGCCUCCAUCUACAAGGGUCUUCUUAUGGCGUGCAGUUCAUGAUAUUCUGCCCAAUUUUUCACAAUUGCAUAGGAGACAAAUAUGUGAUAGUUCGGUAUGUCCUCUUUGUAAAAGUGCUGAAGAAUCAGUUAUGCAUUCUUUGUGGGAAUGCCCGGCAGCAAAAGAUGUGUUUUCUAUGAGCCUCAAGAAGUUGCAAAAGAUGGAUUCUAUUUUUCAAGGCUCUUUCGCCCAGUUCUGGAUUGCUUCCUCAGCUGUUCUUUCUUCACAUGAGGUAGCUACUCUAGCUAUUACAAUGAGGUUGAUUUGGCUUAGACGGAAUAAGUUUGUCCAUGAGGGGACUCUUACACAUCCUACACAAGUAGCUCUACAAGGUAUGAAUUUAGCAAAUGAUUUUAAAUCUGCUCAAGUAGAUGGAGUUAAUGUUCAGCGAGAUUCAGUUUCAAGUAAUCUCCAGCAGGUUUGGAAAGGACCACAAAUAAACCUUAUUAAAGCCAAUUGGGAUGCAGCAAUCCAAUCUCAAAAUGAUCGUACGGGUAUGGGUGUCGUAUUUCGUGAUGCUAGUGGGGAGGUCAUGGCAAGUAGUUCUUUGUUGAGAAUGACUGCACUUCAUCCUUCUUUAGCUGAGGCCUUAGCAGCCCUUCAUGCUGUGAAGUUAGCACUGGAGUUGGGUUUCACAGAGCUGAUUUUUGAAGGAGAUGCUGCAGUGGUUGUGGAAGCCAUUAAUGGAAGUGAUGUCCAUCGUGCUAUUUGGAGUCCGGUUAUCAUGGAGAUAAAGAGAUUAUUGCGCUUCUUGUCGAGUUGGAAAUUUGUCCAUAUACGACGCACGGCCAAUGAAGCCGCCCAUUCCAUGGCUAAGCAUGCCUUUCUCAUUCAGGGCAUGCGGGUUUGGAUUGAGGAGAUAAAAACUGUUUUGUUUUGUCCUUCAUUUUAUGAGGUUGAUUGUAUUCCACCUAUAUGGUGGCCCGAGUGCCUAUAA